UAUAGUUAGUGACGUCACUUCUCUCUCCUCAGUUUAAGGUAAGUACAUCCUCUCUCUCUCUCUCUCUCUCCUUCCUACGCUCCUCUUUCGUUUCGUUUCGUUUCAUUUCAUAGAGAGAGAGAGAGAGAGAGAGAAAGCUUCAUCUUCAUGAUCUGAUCUCUCCAUCAUUCAUUAUCUCCAUUGUGCAUUGUUCUCUCACCAAACAUAUUAAUUAUUCGAUUCAAUUUCCAUUUUCUCGGAUUUCAAAAAUUCAAAAAAAAAAACCAAAAAUGGAGAAAUCAUCAGAUUCGAAGCUCUCCGAUCCAAUUCCACUUCCCAAUAAUCCAAAUGCCGAUCCGAUCCCUCCUUCUUCCUUCCACCGCCGAUCUCGCUCCGACGACAUGUCUAUGUUCAUGUUCAUGGAUCCCCUCUCCUCCGGCGCACCACCUUCCUCCGACGAUCUUCCUUCCGACGACGAUCUCUUCUCGUCCUUCAUCGACGUCGACAGCCUCACAUCUAAUCCAAAUCCUUUUCCGAAUCAAUCUCUCUCUUCCAACUCCGCCUCCGGCGCUAAUCCUAAUCCUAAUCCUCCUCCGCAGUCUUCUUCUCGUCCUCGUCACCGUCACAGCAAUUCCGUUGACGCUGGAUGCGCCAUGUAUGCUGGUGAAAUCAUGGACGCUAAGAAAGCUAUGCCUCCUGAAAAGCUCUCCGAGCUUUGGAACAUUGAUCCCAAACGCGCCAAAAGGAUAUUAGCGAAUCGUCAAUCUGCAGCUCGAUCCAAGGAGAGAAAAGCUCGAUACAUUCAAGAACUUGAGCGUAAGGUUCAAUCGCUUCAAACCGAAGCUACCACUCUCUCUGCUCAGCUCACUCUCUACCAGAGAGACACAAAUGGACUAGCAAACGAGAACACAGAGCUGAAACUCAGGUUACAAGCAAUGGAGCAACAAGCUCAGCUUCGUAAUGCUCUAAACGAAGCUUUGAGGAAAGAAGUUGAAAGGAUGAAGAUGGAGACAGGGGAAAUCUCUGGGAAUUCAGAUUCGUUUGAUAUGGGAAUGCAGCAGAUUCAGUAUUCUUCUUCAACGUUCAUGGCAAUUCCACCAUAUCAUGGCUCUAUGAACGGCCAGGAUAUGCAGCAGAUGCAUUCUAGUUUCAACAAUCCAAUGGAGAUGUCGAAUUCUCAAAGCGUAUCGGAGUUUCUACAGAACGGGCGAUUGCAAGGGCUAGAGAUAAGUAGCAAUAGCUCAAGCUUAGUCAAAUCUGAAGGACCUUCCCUCUCUGCUAGUGAGAGUAGCUCUGCGUAUUGACAACAAGACUAUGGUGUGGCUGAUAUUAUCCUGUUAAUAGGCUUUUUUUUUCUUUUUCUUCCAAUUCAUUUGAUUCACUUUUGAUUAUUUAUUAUUCUUUUUCUCUGCUGGAGGUGCCAAUGUGCAAGAAAGGACGUAUAAAAUUGUGCUGUGUUGCUUUAAAAAUUGUUGGUUGUGAUUUUUAUUGUUUGCUACUCCCAUCCCUUGUUUGUUCUUCAAGGAACGAGCAAGACUAAUAAAUUUCAUUUUCCUUUGGAAACAGACAA